AAAUACUUGUGUAACUUUUCAUCGAGAGUUCCUCUGAAUCAGCCCCUGCGUUAUAUGGAUCUUAAUUGGGCCUAAAAGGAAAAGAGUAAAGCCCAUUGACUAAAUACCUCGUAAAAGUCUUUUAUUUCAUUUUCUCCACGUUUUGUAUAAUUCCUCAAACGCUUCUCCCUCUGAGGAUCCUUCCAUGAAUUCAGACACUGCUACUACGUUUCAGUAGGGUUUACAUUUUGAGCUAAAUCAAUUUAGAUCUAAUGGAGAAAGCAACGGAUCUAUUUUCACUGAAAUCACUUAAGCUGAAAACGAAGCAACAGGAGCUUCUCCUACGGAUUUCGAUCCUCGGACUCGUAUACAUUCUCGCAUUUAUAACGCGGUUAUUCAGUGUGUUGAGAUAUGAGAGCAUGAUCCAUGAAUUUGAUCCGUAUUUCAAUUACAGGACGACGUUAUAUUUGACUCAGAAAGGUUUUUAUGACUUCUGGAAUUGGUUUGAUUCGGAGAGCUGGUAUCCACUUGGACGUAUCAUUGGUGGUACGCUUUAUCCUGGACUUAUGGUUACUGCUGCUUUUAUCUACUGGACACUCAGAUUCCUCAGGUUUGCUGUCCAUAUACGUGAGGUUUGUGUGCUCACAGCGCCCUUUUUUGCUUCCAACACAACCCUUGUUGCUUACUUCUUUGGGAAAGAGUUAUGGGAUUCUGGUGCCGGGCUUGUGGCUGCAGCAUUAAUUGCUAUCUGCCCUGGUUACAUCUCAAGGUCGGUGGCAGGAUCAUAUGACAAUGAGGGGGUCGCAAUAUUUGCUCUGUUGCUUACUUUCUAUUUAUUCGUUAAGGCUGUGAAAACAGGUUCACUUGCUUGGUCUCUGGCCUCAGCUUUUGGGUACUUCUACAUGGUUUCAGCUUGGGGUGGUUAUGUCUUUAUCAUUAAUCUUAUCCCACUGUAUGUGCUGGUACUCUUGGUUGUCGGAAGAUAUUCGAUGAGGCUAUAUGUGGCUUACAACUGCAUGUAUAUUUUAGGAAUGCUGCUUGCAAUGCAAAUUCGUUUUGUGGGUUUUCAGCAUGUACAGUCAGGAGAACAUAUGGCAGCAAUGGGAGUAUUUUUCUUGAUGCAGGUGUUUUAUUUCUUGGAUUGGUUGAAACAUCUACUGAAUGAUCAGAAGUUGUUUCAAGCUUUCUUAAGGAUAACAUUGACUUGUGCUAUAAGUGUGGGUGCCAUUGCUCUCGGAGUUGGCACUGCUUCUGGUUAUAUCUCUCCCUGGACUGGUCGGUUUUACUCACUUCUGGAUCCAACUUACGCGAAAGACCACAUUCCCAUUAUUGCUUCUGUUUCUGAGCAUCAGCCAACUGCAUGGUCGUCUUUCAUGUUUGAUUUUCAUAUAUUGCUAAUCCUUUUCCCGGCGGGUCUGUAUUUCUGCUUCAAACGACUGUCGGAUGCUACUAUAUUUAUCGUGAUGUACGGGCUUACCAGCAUGUACUUUGCUGGGGUCAUGGUUCGAUUGAUUCUUGUUGCUACACCCGCGGUAUGCCUCAUCAGUGCUAUUGCUGUCUCGGCAACUAUCAAGAAUUUAAGUCAGUUGGUGAGGACAAAAGCAAAGCCUACUCAAGGUGGCUCUGGUAAAGGAACAACUAGCACAAAGGCUUCCUCAAAGGGUGCGCUUGAUCGUUCUUUGCCCUACCAAAGAAAUGGAGCAAUUGCAUUGCUUGUUGGUGCUUUCUAUUUGUUGACUAGAUAUGCAAUCCAUUGUACCUGGGUGACAUCAGAGGCGUACUCAUCUCCCUCCAUUGUCCUAGCUGCCAGGGGUGCCCAUGGGAAUAGGGUUAUCUUCGAUGACUACCGUGAAGCGUAUUAUUGGUUGAGACAAAACACUCCUCAGGAUGCUAAGGUGAUGUCUUGGUGGGAUUAUGGUUAUCAGAUCACUGCCAUGGGUAACAGGACUGUGAUUGUAGAUAAUAAUACCUGGAACAACACACAUAUAGCUACAGUAGGAAGAGCGAUGUCAUCUUAUGAGGAUGAAGCAUACGAGAUAAUGAGAUCACUGGAUGUGGAUUAUGUAUUGGUUGUGUUUGGAGGUGUGACUGGUUAUUCAUCUGAUGACAUAAACAAAUUCUUGUGGAUGGUGAGAAUAGGUGGCGGAGUUUUUCCUGUCAUCAAAGAACCAGAUUACCUUGUCAAUGGCGAGUAUCGUGUUGACAAAGGUGCUGCGCCUAAGAUGUUGAACUGUCUGAUGUACAAGCUAUCUUAUUAUCGCUUUGGUGAACUGACAACAGAAUAUGGCCAGCCUCCUGGAUAUGAUAGAGCCAGAGGGGUUGAAAUAGGAAACAAGGACAUCAAACUGGAAUACUUGGAAGAGGCGUUCACGACAUCUAAUUGGAUAGUCAGAAUUUAUAAAGUCAAACCACCCAAGAACAGGUGGUAAACUGGGUGUCUUUUCUAUCUCCGUCGGGACUAGGUGUAAUGAGGACAAAUUUUGAAAGUACUAAAUAGAUAUAGAGUACUGCUUUCUUUCUUAUCUUUUAUUUUGGGGGUGAAUUUGUAGCUCCAAUUGCCUGGGGAUGUUCUUUUUGUAGCAUGACUUUCUCUCACUAAUAUGGCCAGUGUAAUGGAGUAGCAAAGUAAGUCUGAUUAGUUAGCCAAUUUGGUGUAUCUACUUCCAAAGUGGAAACGGAGUAGAGAUCAAAAAGCUGGUUUGGCUGUUGCUAUGUUAUGUAUGAAAGUGAAAGGGAAAAUUGUCACCA